AUGACUAUCCAAAAACUUGUUGUAUUUGGUGGAAAUGGGUUCUUAGGGAAAAGAAUAUGUCAACAAGCUGUCCUUAAGGGAAUGCAAGUUACGGGGCUAUCUAGGUCUGGUAAACCACCAGUUCCUUUAACGAACAACGACAAACAUUGGAUAAAAGAAGUAUCGUGGAAUUCUGCAGAUAUAUUUGAUCCAGAUACCUAUGUUGCUUAUUUGAAAGAUAGACCAAAUGUUGUUGAUACCAUCGGUAUCUUAUUAGAGAAUGAAAAUUACAAGAAAGAUUUGAAGAAUGGUUUGACUUUAUCAAGUUUAUUUAAAAGGGCUCCGAACCCAUUGUUACACCCAAGAAAUUCAGAAGAUCAAGAAAAGCACAAUUCAAACUUCACGUAUGAAAGAAUAAAUACAAAGAGUGCAAUGAUUCUAGCUGAUACAUUCAAGACAAUUCUAGAGAAAAAUAAUGGCGAUUUGAUUUCAAAACCAUCACUAACCUAUGUAUCUGCUGAUAAGGGUUUCUUAGUUAUCCCUAAGGAGUAUAUCAACUCUAAGCGCAGAGCAGAGUUGUAUUUGUUAGAUAUGGCGAAAGAUGUGACAAAUCCAUUCAGACCUAUAAUUAUACGACCUGGGUUUAUGUUUGAUGAGUUGAAUACUAUGCAAUUCAACGACGUUAGAACUUUACUACAUGAUGGGUUGGAAGUAUUAAACUGUGCGAAUAAAUUGAUAUUACGCAAUCAGUUCCAAAUAAUGAAUGACAUAAUAAGGCCUACAAUAUCUACCCAACAAGUAGGGAGAUCGCUCGUAGAUAAAAUCACAAACCAAAAGUAUAGCGGUAUACUAACCCUAGAGCAUAUGCUUGAUAGAUAA